AUGAACGAGGAUUUAAAAUUAGGAUCCAUCAUAUGGCCCAACUUCACAUCCCCCUUUAGCAUCUCAUGCUACUGCAUGAAUGAGGGAUGCACCGUUCUAUCCGUGGGCAGCUACGAGGGCAGCAUCGUCUUGUUUAAAGUUGGAGAGAAUGCAAGUAGCGCGCGAGGAGGCGGUAGUUGUGGCAGUACGAGUUACCCCGGUUCGAAUGAAACAGGUGUGAUUGGCGUAGACAGUGUGGGUGCCGUCUUUGUAUCGCCAGGUGGAGGUUACAAACAGGAAUUGAAAAAAGGCGCCGGGGGAGGGGACAAAUUCAGUCUUGCGGGGAAGCAUCCAGAUGAGAAUGAAACCCCGAUGAGUAGUAAUUCCCCAGGGGCAGGAGAACCAGGCGACAGGGUACAUAAGGGUAGUGGGGCUAAACUCCAUAGGGGAGAGGGACGAGGAAAGACGGAACCGCUAAGCGGUGACGAAACGAGCGCAUAUAUGUACAGCGGAGGAGGGUGGAAUGUCAAGCCGGGGGAGGAACCAACAGGAGGGGAAGCAAAUCCAGGGAAAACAGACCGAGGGGAAGCAGACGUGGAGCCCCCAGAGAAUAGAGUAAACUUUCUCCCAUACUGUAUCCUCCUAAACAAUAACAACAACACGUGUAGCAACAGCAUUGUUCAGUUAUGCUUCGGGCUCUCUUGCUCGUCCCUCAUCGAGUGCAUCUCAAAGGAAAUCCUAAUUUCCCUUCACCUCGAUAACUGCCUCUAUUUUUGGUCUCUUGAUGAAGGUAGAUGCUUCAGAGUAGUAAAGGGUUUCAGUUUUUUUAUCUACAAUUUGAGGGUGUUGCCAGAUAGGCGGUUCAUAGUCCUGUGUGGAGAUAGGAAGGUCCUUCUGAUGGAUCUCUGGGGGAAUAAAAGCAGAGAGAUCAUUGCCCAGUUGACUUUGGAUAACUACAUGAAGGGGAGGAAUAACAGGAGUGAGAAGUUGCAAGGGGAGAGGGUCGGGCGAGGAGAUGCAGGCAUCCCAGGUAUCGCUCCCAAUUCAAAUCAUUGCGGUAAUAAAGGUUCUUCUGGUACAAGUAGGAAUUACUUCAUUGGAGAUUCGGCCGAUAGACACCACUCUUCGUCGUCCAGUUCGGAGGAAAUGAACGAUAGAGUCCUUAUCGAUGGGGGGGAUACAGGAGAACUUCAAGUCGGAGCACCAGGAUCAUGGAGUGAAAUGACUGACAAGAGUGAUACACCCUAUGGGAGUUUUCUCCUAUAUGGGAGCGAUGCACCUAGGGGAGGUGGAAAAGAGGAAGGAAAGGAAGAGGAGGGAUCCAUUUCUCUAAAAAAAAACUAUGUCAAUCGGAGGAAUGCAAAUCUUGGGGUUGGGACUUUAAGACAGAACGUGAGGGGACAAGGAAAUAGCUACGUCGCAUCAGAGGAGCGGAAACCUUUGGAAGAAAAUCUAAGAAAUAAAGACAAAACCGAAGGAGGUAACCAUACAGAGAAGGUACGAAUAUGCUGCGUCGCAACAGGGUUAGUCCCAUACCUUAAGGAGGAUAACCAGAGAUCCCUCAUCCAAUGCUUUAAAUUAUUGAAGAGAAAAUUAUACAGCACAUAUAGGAAGAAGGAAAAUAUAAAACGGGUUGUGUUACACGAUAAUGAGGCAGAGGUGAGUGGAAAUAAUUUAUCCACAGAUCAGAAUGAAGAAUAUACAAAGACGAAACAGGAAGAAGUUAAUAAGAAACUAAAUAAUCUAUUCAGCUGCCCAGUAUUCAUUGUUGCGUCGCUAUCCAAUGGAGACAUCAUAUGUUGGGACUUAACCGAUUUUUUAAUUUACUACAAAGGGAAGUGUCGAUUUGUAAUCAGGAUAGAAAAAACGGAACUUGACUUAUACAAAGAAAUUGUGAAUGAAAUUACAGAGAACUGUAUUAUGGAUGAAGUGCUAAAAAUCAAUGUGCAUACUUCUCAUGACAUGAAUUUGAAAUCGCAUGACCGAUGUUUGAAGUGUCAAGAUGUGUACCAACAGUGCAAUGGGUUGUAUAUCAUAGAACCUACGUUUAUUUCGAAUCUGACUCCAGCUGAAGAUUGGCUCGAAAUUGCUACCAGUGGGAACUCCAGCCGUAUAGGGGUCAUAGACAGCUACGUUAUAAUUUUGCAGGAAACGAGGUUAAUCAUUUAUGAGCAGAAGGACUCCUCCUCCAUGUUUGUGCCCCUGAUGGAUUUGUUUUGUCCGGACUACCACCAGAAGUCGCAGAAGAGGAAGCGCCGGAACCCGCACUGGGUUGGCCUGCAGGUUGUGCGCCGUCCCCUCUUGAGGUUUUCCUCGGGUAUCUUCAAAAGCAGCGGACUGAAAACAAAAUCCUUCGACAUCAUGCAGAAGAUGUCGAAGAAUGUGUGCGGCUCGAUAAUCGCCUGGACAACGGAGGGAAACUUCUACAGCUACACUUUGCCGCUGAAAUUUUCUAGUCUCUUCCUGUCCUUCCAGUCAAACAUUAAAUCCUUCUUCCUGAUGAGUGUUCCGAAGAAGUACUUGGGUUCACAUAAGAGCCCCAUCCCUAUAGUGAUAUACAAGGAGCGCAUAUGCCGGAAGAGGAACUUCCUAACGGAUGACGACGACGACGGAGAGGAAAACAGAGCGAGCAAUCAUAACGAAGGGGGGAGUAACUACAACAAUAGUAACAAGUUUAGAAUCAAAAUAAAUGACAGUACGGAGAUAAAUCGAAGUUAUUUAAAAAGAAACAUAUCAAUGGAUUCGAUAAAAUCCAACACCGCUUCGAAUGAUCAGGUGAUGUUUACUAGACACACCUCUUAUGAGUACAGGAAUUGGCCCCGAAGCAAUACGAUCGGUAGAGGUACCAGAGGGAAAAACAUCAAUUCUAUGAAAUAUGCCAAAUGCAAAGAUGAUUUAUUGUUUCUUUUUAUAAGUAGGAAGAGUCCUCAUAGAAUUGUCCUAUUUGAGGGGUUACUUAGUGCCUGGUUUAAGACGAGCAGGUUGGAGAAAGUCUGGCUCUUGCCAAAGAGGAAGAGAGUCAUGCAAACGAUGAAGAAUAAGGAGAAUAAAAAUGAUACCAUAUUGGGUGGAAAAGGAGACGAACCCGUUAAAGUGAACCCCGAAGUUAGGGAGGAAGAUAACUGGGAUGCUACUGCGUGGUUGCAUAUGGAGCAUGUCCUUCCUCCGAACAUACGUAGGUGCAGUGAUCUGCUCACCGAUUUAUUGCACAAUAAGGAGUGCACUGUUGAAGGGGGGCAUGCUGAAAGAGCAGAAGUCGAUAGGGGAGGUAAAUCCAUAGUGGCGUACGCAAUAGCAGAGCGGAAUCAAAACAUAUACGUUUUUUUAAGCUUUACCAAUGGGCGUGUUUUAAGUGCGUUAAUUAAUUCUUAUGGAAAGUCCCCUCGAGGAAAAAUCAUAAGAAAGAGAGAAGGGAAAACAAAUGGGCCGGGAAGUAGAUUAAUCCGAGAGUUACCCCUUCCCCACUAUGUCGUAAAAAAAAGUGUCUUCAUAACGACUCUCCAUUGUGAGAGGAACUACCUGGUAGGAGGGUCCAGCAGAGGAGACAUUUUAAUAUGGGACAUCAGAAGCUUUAAGUUGAAAAAGUUUAUCAAGGCUUGCCAUUUUAACUACGUGAGAAGCAUCCAUAGCGUUAUCGAUCAAAAUGCCACCAACAGAGGAGGGGGCACAUGUUCAGUGAGCAAAGAAACGGAAUCCUUCUGGGUUCUAAGCUGUGAUGCCAGCAACAAUCUCAUUCUUCUCAAUUUGAAUGAAUGCAACUACGACGAGAAUAAUUUUUCAUAUCUGUUUUGCAAAAAUGAUAGAUGCAGAAUAGCCAUAACGACAGACGAAGAAUUGUUAAGGAAGAAAGAGCUCGAGAUUCUCCAAAAAAAAAAAAAGAAAAUCCUCUUUUUAAAUUAUAUGAGAAAUUUCUUUAAAAAAAAAGGACUAUACAAUAACGGAAAAGCUACGGAAAGAAAAGACAGCCUAUUGCACAUGCUAAAAAUUAAAAAAGACUUAAAGGUGAAGCUAAUGGAGGGUUUCUAUUAUGCCACCUCAUGCACCAUGAGCAGACCUGUUUGUGAUUCCAAAGGAACCUUGUUCAAUGUGAAGAGAAAGAUUCAUAAAAAGAGGAAGAGACAUCAUGGGGAGAUAAAGAAUAUGAUCAAUGUAUGUCUUUACUGUUCUUUUAAGAAGCUGGAGAAGAAGAAUGAAAUAAAUUUCAAAUUAAUAAAUCAUGUCUACGUCAAUACAUUUUCGUCUCUGUUGUAUAUCACUUCGCUGAAUAAUUUGGUCUUCAUUUAUGAGUAUGGCAGCGGGUGCUUCCUGCGGUGUUUGUACGAUUCGGACUUUGCUGCCAUGUGCGUCGUCCCCACGGAGACAUGUCACAUGAAACUCGGCGUAGACGUCACGUCGGUGCGCGUCCUCAACAGGGUGCGCACAGGUGGCAGCAGGGUUGACGGGAAGGUUAACACGGUAGUUCGGGGGGAAGUUCGCGCGGAGGUUGGCAGCUGCAACAGCAGCCAUAGGAGUAGCGACGGAAGCAGCGGCCUGAGCGACGACCGGAGGAGGGUCAGAACCGAAAGUGGAGGAGUGCCCCAAGGCAGCAUCCUCCUCGCGGAGCGCGAAAACGAGCAUAGAGAAGAAGUAUAUCACUGCAUCCCACCAAGGAAGAGCACCCCCCGCACAAAAGUGCAUGGAAGGGCAGAAGUGCAUAGAAGGGCAGAAGCACAUGGAAGGGCAAAUGAGAAGCACCCCUCCAGCUACAUUGUGAAGAGCCAGAUACCAGUCAUAAGUUACGUUCUAUUCAGAGACAGCAAUUUGUCCCAAAAGGCUUUGCCAUUGACGAAGUUUUUAUUCCCUUUUUUUCUGCCACCCAAAUGUGUGCAUCUUUGUAGGGAGUUAUUUCCCUUUCUAGUGAGCUUCCCCUCGAUUCCAUUCUCGUUGUGUAUCCACGGGAAGGAAUCCACUCUGUCGACGCUUAUCCCGAUGUCGACUCAGAUAUAUUACUUCUCCAAGAUGCACUCACUGAAGGAGGGUACGUGUGAGGGAAAAGUUUAUGUCACGAUCAGUGGAGGAAGGAGAGACAAAUACCAUAUGCAGCAGAAGAAGAAAAAAGAAAAAUUCCUUUUUGAUUCCCUGCAUUUGGAUGAGCCAUACAUAUACAAUAACAGAUUUAAGAAAAAAUUUUUCCUAAGUGAAGAAUAUAAAAAGAAGUACCUCAUUUUUGGGAUCAAGAUGGGGAGUCUCAAGCGACGGUGCAACAAUUUUAUGGAAUUUUCGAAAUAUAGGAAUUUGCAGAUGUAUAGAUAUGACGAGGGGAGCAGCCUCUUUAACGUGGAUCCGAGGGGAACUCUAGGCGCUGAUCCAUCUGGGGCGGAAGAACUCCAGGGAGAGACGAAAAAGACGGAACUGCCACGGGACAAGGCAGAGAUGAUGCUAAAAAGUAGACGUGACCCCACACAAAGUCAUGGCAACAGAAAGAGUGGUAGCAAUAGUGCCGCUUGUCUUAACUGCAAUAGUGCCCGUGGUGGUGACUCUCCUGAGAGGUCCAGCUUUAAGGAAGAACCUUAUGGGGUACAUAACCAACCGGUUAAGGGCGAAGGAGGGGUUGCAAAGAGACUCAUUCGCAAUGCCUCCUCAGGUACCAGCUGUUGUCCGUUGAAUAGUGUAGAAGAUCCCAAAAUUUUCAGCACUGCAGCGAGGAGGAAGAAGUACCAUAUGAUGCAGUACAAUUAUUACAAAGAUCUGAGGGUGCGUCGGCGGACCAUGGCAGGGUCGACCAAGUGGUUUUUGAAAUACUCAGAUGAUGAGUUCGCCAAUUAUUCGUCGGACAAGUCGAGUCUGUACCUGUAUGUGAAGAGUGAUCGGCAUCGUCGCUCCACAGGGCUCCACCAUCGUGGCAGCCAUACCAAUCGUGGUAGCCACACCCGUCAUGUGCAAACCCAAGGGAGGAGUCCUCCCGUCCACCGGAAACUCCUCUUCCAGAACAAUUCCGUGGAUGUUUACUGCAACAGCGUGUACGUGAAGACGCUGUACUGCUGCUUUAUGCUGCGAUUCCUGAGUCUGUGGUGCGCCAGUAGCAAGGGGGGGCAGUACGACCCCGCCACGCUGUUCACCUUUAGGAAAUACAUAAUAGAGAACCUACCCGAUAGCAACACGCUAAACCUGUUUCUUCUGAGCUACAUAUCUAUGUACCCAUAUGAUAAGAGCAUACGAAUACAGCUGCAAAGGUUUAUGUGCACCGUGAUAGCCAAUGUGAAGGAGAAGACUUUGGACAAGUAUGCGAAAACGUGUACAGAAAUUUUAAGAAUAAAUAAUAAGAAAAAAAGAAUCAUACAAAAGAACAUGGAUGAAAUAUCCCUAUAUGACACGACGGGGACCUAUGUGAUUACCAUUAUGAUACCAAAAGUGGGAUCCUUCUUCUUUUACCCGUUCAUCUAUGCUGACGAGAUCUGCCUCACUCUGUUACUCCUACUACUUCUGACUAAAUCGCAUUAUUUGAGGAACUCGAAAACGUUCUAUACCAAUGCGAAUAUGAUUACCCUAAUUGUGCAUCACAUAUGUUACUACAUUUUUGUGGACACGCAGUAUCUAAUCGAGAAGGAGAACAAAUUUAACAAAUUUAAGUUGUUUCACUUUAUUCACAUGCUGUCCUUGAGCUUUUCCAUAACCUGGGAUUUUCACGUGCUGGUCCAGAGGGGCAUUUUCACCAGCAAUAUGAAGAAUAUGUCGUACCUUUCUUUCAAUUUGCAUUUAAAGAAGGAAGAUUUUAAUAUGAACGAGAGGAUGAUUGAUGAGAAUUAUUUUAAGGCACUGAGGGAUUAUUACAUUCUAGGGGCCCCACCCCCAGGGGUAGCAGCGGCAGAAGCAGCCGUGGCUCCUGGGGUUUCUACCGCUUCUGUCGCUUCUACCGCUCCUUUUGCGGGGGCCGCCAUGCCCCUUGCAGGAAGCGAUAGAACGGUAGGCCCCUCCGUGAAUGAAAUAAAUUUAAACAAUUACCUGGACGAUUUUCUCGCAGGCCCAGAUAACGGAAAAGUGGGAGGAGAGAUCGAAUCGGAGAGGGAAGAACAGUUGCCACUGCAGUCUUAUGAAAAUGUCUUCUCUGAGGUACCCAGUGAAGGGAAGAGCGCUAUCCUGGGAAAAUCAAAUGAAGUUCUCGAUAUAGGAACAAAUGGGUCAGGGCCAUCCCCAAUAGUCGUUGGAGUUAUCAAUCAAGUCACUUCAGCAGAUCAAAUUCAUCCUGUGGAAACGAUAAGAAGAGGACAAAGCUAUUACAACGAAUUGUACCAUUUAUCAUGUGAUGAGAGCAGAAUGAAGAUGCUCCAAAUGAACCGAAAAAAAUCACAAAUAAAUGAACAUAACUACAUUAACAUAUGUCACUUCAUUCUGAAUAUCUUCGAUCUGUACACACUGUCGAUGAAUAAUAUGAGUUUUUUAAAGUUAUUAAUUAACACAGGAAGGACGGAGCCUUAUUUAUUCUUAAAGACGCUACAUUAUAUAACGAGUAAUGUCCACCGAAGAGUAUCAUGUAUGAAUAAAAUUCUCUUCCUUCUCAUCAUUUUGAUAAAAAAUUAUAAACCUAUCUUUGUCCUCUACAUGGACAUAAUUAUUGAUAUCGUUUUGAAUUCUCUGGACCCCUCCAACAACGUUCGUAUCUUAUGUUUGAAGUUAUCUACCAGCUUAAUAUACACCUUAGUUAAGCAAUACCGGAUUUGCUGCUUUAAUAAAUAUACACAAAGAUUGGCGGUGGCAAAUAAUAUGACUAAGUGCAUUUAUCUAUACGAUUUGAAGAAUGCAAAAAAAUUGAAAAUUUUUCAAGGGCAUAAGAGAGACGUUGAUUGUAUUAACUUCAACAGCACGGGGACCUGCUUGGCUUCGUACUCCAAGCUAGAUCUCUCGUUCAAAAUAUGGAACUGCACAAAUGCGGGUCUGUUUAGUGGGUUCUUAAAAAUUCAAUCCAAGUGCGCCAGGGACAUACAGCUCUCCAGGAUAAAGCUCAGCUACUUGUACCUCUCGGACGACUACAUAGAUAUUAGUUACAAGAAGAAGAACGAGUGGGCCCUCCGGCGCGAGGACAACGCGGUGUAUUUGAUAUACAUCUAG